AGAGGAGCAGCUACAGCUGUCCUUUUAAAGUUGACUAUCCGGUUCUUCAUGUGACUGAAAGUCGGGUGUUACAAUUAAAAUCGAAACCAUAAAAACAUAAACGCUCGUGAUCUGGGGCAGUAGAGUGGGGCCUUCACUGACGGUCGCUUUCAGCUUAAUGACGAUGAUGAUGCCGAAGGGGCAGAAGCGCAAACUAUCCAUAGAGGAGGAGGCUUCAGACUACAGAGCUCCCACCUGGGAGAGCCAGCAGCAGUUUCUGCUCACAGUUUCCCUCAACAAGUAUCAGUUCUCCCAGCAGCUACGUGAGCCCAGCCUGCGACGGUCCGUCCUGAUAGCCAACACCCUGCGGCAGAUCAGCCUGCAGAUGUCUAUGGUACCAUCAGUCAACGUGGAGGUGUCAGAACCUCCAGGUAUUGCUUCAUCUGCACUGACAGCAAGUAUUGCCGCUGCAGCAAAACGUCAUUCUGCUGUAACGGUUGACAGCUGCUCAGCUCUGGCCACCUGCCCCAUGGUUUCCUUAAAUUACUCACCAAAUUCUACUGAAAAGACAAACUACUCGAGUGAAUCAAAUUUCCAUAUCAGUAUAGAGGAUGACGAGGACUGGGGAUCGAUGUCCACUGAUACUGAUUCAUCUCUUUCAGCUGUCAUUUCCUCUAUUCUUGCCGCACUGGACUCUACUAUAGACGGGAAUCCUCAGCCACCUCCACGGAUACCCCUCAGGCCCUUGGAGAACAUGUCCAAGCCCUAUGAGGGAAGCGUGGCCUUGGUAAAUCACGGUCUCAGAGAUCCCGGUGACUGCAGGGAGCAGCAGGAAGACGGCAGCAUGGAGGUAAUGAGGUCCAGCUACCUUGGGGAUUUCACUGUGGAGGACUUGUUCCAGGAUAUAGACACAUCCCUGGUAGACAUAGACAUGGGAGUGAUUGGGCACAGAAGCACUGAAGGUGGACACACAGCUGGGGAUGACCUGUUUAUGUACCUGCCACCUUUCUCCCCCCACUCCCCUUUCUCACCACACUCUAUAACACCCACCUCCCAAAAUGCCCAGCCUGCUCUGAUUGGCCAGUUGGCAUGAUGAAUACAAGGCAACACUUAUUAUGUAUAGUGACUGUUGUAAGCCCCCUAAGAGCUGUCGACCGCCUUUAAAACAGUAUCUUUGGGUUAACUGUGGAGCGACUACUUGUUUAAAAAAACAUUUUGUGAAAUGUGGCCCUCAUUUAAGAAUUUUGAUGUUGUUAUUUUUGUGUAUGAAUUUUUAAAUUCAGCUAUCCUUUACACAAAACUACAGCGCUCCUAAAGUCCUGUAAAGGUUCUUUCUUUCUUUUAUUAAAAUCCUGUGUGCACAAGCUUUUUUAAAAAUGUGCAAACAGGACAAAUAAGUCGCUGGACUAAUGUUAAAAAAGAGGAGGAAAGAAAUCACCUCACUGGACUUUAAGGUGUCUGUACAACACUGAGAAAAAUAACAAUUAUGGAUUUAAUCCAUUUUAAGUACAAAUUAAUGGUUUGUACAUUACUUCGCAGUCUAAUGAUGAUCCCGAGGGGGCAGAAGCAUAAACCCUCCCCCUCAAUCCAAGUCUGAUGUACCCAUCUUCACUCUCCACCAGCAUCUGCUUCAGUCUCUUAUCAAAAUCUUGUGAGGGGAAGGAAUUAGCUCGAGCAUCUUUAUCAUAAACUCUGGUAGAGUUUAUAAAAAUGGCUUGCGUGCAUGAACACCCUUCACUUGCCGUCUGCUCUGUCCUCUGUCGAUCAUUACACAGCCUUUAACCGCGGGGACAGGUAAAGGUCUGUGCACUGUCUCAGCACAGCUCUGCCAGUUAAUGUUGAGGACAUUCAGGCCUGCAGUGCAUGUGUGAGCUACUGUGUUUUCAGUAAAGCUCUGGGUACAUCCACAUUAAUACAAUUUAGUUUUAAACUGUAACCUUAACUGUGUUUGGACCUAACAAUCACACCGCUAUAGAAGACGCCUAACACUGAGAGUUUUUAAAAAUGCAGUCUGAGCUUGGAUUAUUUUUUUUAAUGGUCGGCGGUGAUGGAGCAGGCAGACAUGCUUGUUUUCUAAUGCGUCAGAAACGCGUGUCUGCACGGAGAUCUUUUUCCUUUUAAAGGACCAUUUUAAGAUUUGCAUUAGUCCUCGGUGUGCCUUCUUUCUCUUUACACCGACGCAGGCUUGCUCAGUUUACCUGAGCAGUCAGCAUGCUAGUUUAGACGAGUGGUUCUCAAACGGCGUGGCAUUGACAACAGGGUGAAAAAUUCUAAUGAAACUGAUGUUUUUUUUCCCCUUUGUUGGGUGGAGGAAUACGUUUGAUGCUGUUGCACUGAUGAUAUGCACCUUGUAUAAGUAAAAUCCAACUUUUUUCCCCCCCUUUUGUUAUUUGUUAGGGAUUGGGGUGGUUUUUUUUGGCUUCUGAAGUGGGGUAUGCCAUAAAAAGUUUGAGAACCACUGGUUUGGAGAGAUUUAUAAAAACUGCUAAAACAAUCAGAACGGAGAUCAUUUUCAUUUAAAAAGUGUUAGUGUGGAUGUAAGAAAAGGCAGCUUUCAGUCAUGCACUGGUGUUCAUCCAUGCAGCGAUUUGACUGUCAGGGCAGCACAUGAGACAACUCCUUGUUACCACAAAUGUAAAGUGUGAGCUCUGAGAUUUGAUUUGACUGAUAUUGGAUGGAGAGGAUGGCUGAAACACUAAUGUUAUAGGUCAAAUCUUCAGUAGAGAAAUCACUUAACCUCUUUUUUUUAUUAAUGUCAGGAUUUCAAACAGUAAAAAUGGGCAGGAAUCAAAGAUUAUCAUCAAAAGUAUUGAUCGGGUGGAUUGGCUAAAAGAUGUUCACAGAAACAGCAUUUAGUUCAUUAACAAAAUAGUUACCGCGUUUGGUGGAUUUUGGCGUUUCACGCAGAGACUGAAAAGCGUGAAAGCAGAAUUAGUCUCGUCUGAAGAGUUUCCUGAGUGCAGCUGUGGCUCAGGAAAUGAUGUGACAGAUGGUGGUUGUGAACCGCUCUGUGCACUGUUGUAUUUUAGUUUUUCUUUUUUUCCUUUAAAAAGAUGUUUUAGAGCCUUUACAGUACUGUGAUGAUAUACAAAGCAUCCUCACCCACUCAAGCGUGACAGUCCAAAGCCACUGGUCACGUCACCUCGGGUAUCUGCAGCCGUUAUGCAACAGCACUUUGUUGUUCAGAUGUAUUAUUGAUCAGGUGAUUGAGUCCAGAUGGUGCUGACUUCCACGCUGUGAGCAGUUCAUGAAUCAGGUCAGUUUCUGCCAGUUUUAGCAGGCUUCACUUUCUCAGUGGUUUCUUUUGUGGCAGUUUUGUCAUAAUAUGGAUUCAUAAGUUUGUUCAACUAACAGUAUUUAUUUUAGAAAAGGUGACAUUUCAGGGAACAAGUUCAUUUUCAGUUCUGUUAGAUGUUACUGUAGGAACAUGUAGGAAUUUAUACCAACUUUGCUAAAAUACCCGACGGGAUGAAAUGUUUGAGGAAGCACCCCAAGUGCUGGUUUUUGUAUUUUUAUAUCCAGGUUAUGUAUUGAAGUUGCUUUCUAUGCAUACGUCCUUUCUGAGUAGCUGGCUUGCAACUCCAAAAUAUUUAUGAAUGACUCGUUUUGUCAACAGUGAGUAAUUUAUUAUCGUAUCACACUGACAUAUUACUAAUGGUAUAUUAAAAUACCGUCAUGGCAGUUAUUUUAUUUACUUUUUUCCUCUACGCUUUAGAGAUUUGUAAGAUGUUUUAAAGUGUAGGGCAGAAUGCCCAGAUACUGUGUAUUUUUGACAACCUGUUUACCUGUACUGAUGUUUUGUAAUAAAAUAUGCAACUGUGUAAAGAAAAAAAA